AUGACACAUCAGGUCGUCCAAGGACAGCCCCCAAGGCAGCCCCUCUCCAGCUCCGAGUUCCGCAACCACCGUCUGGCCGCUUGGUUACACGACAAGGUCUCGCCCUGGAAUUCUGCCCAAUCCUCCGAGACAUAUGGGGCGCUCCAUGCACUCAACUUCCCUUCUAUUGCACCUCCCGAUUCACCUCUCCUCUUGGGUACCACCUCUGCAUCUUCCUGCAUUAGCGAUUGUUUUACAGAGCACCACGUAUCAGUGCCUCCGCCACUAGGACUCUCAGAUCCUGCAUUUACGUCUCUUAUGGGCACAGGCAUGUGGCUCGCGAACCUACCUUCUCGGCCGAAAAAGAACCCCGAAGCCUGCCACACCGACCCUUCUCCGGACCUCCGACCGGGGCGUCGCCUGGAUGCCACAUUUCGAGAAAGACUAUUAAACGAUCCCGAUUAUUCCGAACGCCCUAGUCACACGACACAAGAUCUAUCGUCGGAAGAUUACAACAUCCUCCUCAACCAAAGUUUGGACUCUAUCGCAUCUCUCAGUGGUGGUGAUAGUACUAUCCGACACCAUGCCGGCUCGAGACGGGCCUCCGGUGGUGGCACCCCCACCACACGCAAGCCAACCCCCUCACGAGGGGCUUCAAACAAACGAAAGACCCCGGGCGGGAAUCGGCAACGCCCCGGAAAGGCUCCCGACGAUAGCUCUGGGUCUGGAUCAGGAACCGGGUCUGGAGACGGAUCCGCCGCUAGUCACCAUCAGAACAAAAAGCCGAAGACGAGCGACUUUCUAUACCUAUGUCCCUACCGUCUAGUUUACCACGAGAUGAGUCCUCAGCAUAGUUUCAAAUCAUGCCAACCACCAGGAUAUAUAAGUGACCGAAGUAUACUCAAAAGGCAUCUAAGGGAUGUACAUGUCAGAACCAAAAAGAAGCCAGAUCUGCACCCUGAUUACUCCAUGGCCGAAGAAUUUUGGGACAACAAAGUGGUGGGGAUCUUUGAAAAGGCUUGCUCUAAGCGUUCCAAGACUGGAAGCGACAUGUGGCAGCAGAAGGAAACAGCUUUCUACCAAGAGAUCUGGAAAAUCAUCCUUCCCAAACAACCUAUACCAAAAUCACCUUUUCACGAAGUCUCCGUGGAAGAACAUUCACUGGUUGAUGAGGCAGUUGAAAAUGAGCAAGUUGUGUCUGCUCCCUCUGAAGAGGAGGCUCUGGACGUGACGGCCAUCGCCAUUGCUGAGCUCCUCCGCACAAGGCCGGAGUUAUCUCAGCGGUUCAAAGAUCUACUUCGGAGCCAGGAGGACUCCCUUCACUUGCCCCCUUUGACAGAGGAUACACGAUCACCAACACCUGCACCAUCAAACUGCAAUCAUGGUCCAAGUAUCAGUCAGCACUUACCACCACAAACAACUGCGACACCGCACCUCCAGGCGAUGACAAACCAGGUUCCCAUUGUCGGCACAGACACAAGCCAACAGGAUUUUGGGACAUUCGAGGAAAUGAUGGAAAGCAUUCAACCAGAGACACCCAGCAUAGUCUUCCAGGAACAUCCUCCAAAUACGGGCCCCGCAACCACUUCGCAACAAACGCGAACAGCCUCACGGCCCCGGGUGUGUGUUCAUUUCGACAUCCAGCCGCCCGCCUCCGAAAUCACCCUGAGGGUACGGACAGUGCCUGGACACAUCGGCCCCCAAAAUUGGGAGAUCACCGUCCCGGAAGGUCUGGUCAUCGAGGAGUACAAACAGCGCCAGAUAGAGCUGCCUUUUAACUUUGAACAACAGACGAUGCCUGGAAACCUUCAACAUGGGGUCUCCGGCUUGGACCCCAGGCUACAGGGCUCUGGGGAUGGGGGUUGGUCUGAAGUACCGAACAGUUCUACAACCUGGUUUGGAGGAGCUCAGGGCACAUGUUCAGACAACAACUAUUACUAA